AUUUUCAUGGUCAUAUUUUUAGCCAUGAAAUGGAGAAAUUUCUUUAUCGGCGCAGGCAUUCCAGUUGCUAUUGCUACUCGGUAUUCUAAGACAUUUAGCGAGCAACGAAUACACUUUUCAAUGCUUGAUGAAAUUGAUAAAAAUACACUUAUACAGUUAGGCGUUACCGCUAUUGGUGAUCAGGUGAAUGAUAAUUCUAAAAUUUAUAGAAAUGUUCGGUAUAUGUACUCGAAAUUUUCAAAAUUUUUUAAAAUUAUUUUCCCAGCCUCACCAUCCAAUCAGUCUUUGGCUCCCGAUCGAGAUGACAUUUAUCAUGUGCGUUUGCCUACUGGUAACACACCUAAAACAAAGGCCAUAAUGAAAAAGCAUGAUAUGUUGCGGACAGCUGGUUAG